AUGCCCAUCGCUAUUCCCACCCCAGUAGAAGCUUUUGCCCGUGCUGACGAUCCCAAAGGUCGAAAGUUCGAUGAGAUCUCCGACGCUGUCGAUGACAUCAACGUGGCGCAGUUGAAAUCAUCUGCCCAUGCGGACGGUGACAACGCGUAUGACAACUCUGCUUUCGACUCCGAGAAGGACAAGGAAACUUUCCGUCAAUUCGUCGACAGUAACGAGAGCUCUAGGAGGUUCUACAUCGAACAACACACCAAGCAAACUGUAGAAUUUAAUGUUGAAGCCCGUCGAAAGGUUUUCGAGACAGCUCGUACCUCCAUGAGCGUCUGGGAGGCCAUGGAGCUGCUCAACACUCUCGUCGACGCCUCAGACCCCGACACCAGUGCCACCCAGAUUCAGCAUCUUCUGCAGACUGCUGAGGCUAUGCGCAAAGACGGCAAGCCAGAAUGGAUGCAAGUUACCGGCCUGGUCCACGAUCUUGGCAAGCUCCUGUACUUCUUCGGAUCUGAUGGACAAUGGGACGUCGUUGGUGAUACAUUCGUUGUCGGCUGUCAAUUCCCUACCGACAAGAUUGUAUACCCCGAUACAUUUGGCGAAAACCCAGAUCUCCAUCAUGAAGUGUACUCCACCAAAUUCGGCAUGUACAAGCCAAAUUGCGGCUUGGAGAAUGUUAUGAUCUCCUGGGGACAUGACGAGUACUUGUAUUUGAUUUGCAAGGAACAAUCAUCACUUCCCCAAGCAGCUCUCCACAUGAUUCGAUACCACUCUUUCUACCCAUGGCACAGGGAGAGAGCUUACACCUAUUUCGAAAACGAGGCGGAUAAGCAGGCUCUCAAGGAUGUGCUCGCUUUCAACCCCUACGAUCUGUACUCGAAAUCAGACUCGCUUCCUGAUCCCGUCGCACUCCGACCAUACUACGAGGGAUUAAUCGCUAAAUUCUUCCCCGAAAAGAUAAAAUGGUAG